CCGUCCGAUCAUCGAUAAUUUCUCAACGCAUGAUGACAGUACCAUCGCUUAUCACCGUUCCAACAAAUUUUACAACUGAUAAAGGCUUCAAUUACUGUAUGUUUGCCGCGAUACCGCCCGCUACGCAGAGCUACGUUCUCCAAUCGUACCCGUCGUCGACGGUAACGACGGCGUCGAUGACGGCGGCGCGGACAAUCGACGUGGACGUGAGCGCGAGGAUGCUGAACGGAAAGUUCCCCUGCGCGAAUUGCACCAGCGUCUUCAGCCGCAAGGGCGGUCUGACUUAUCAUCAGAAAUACGAGUGCGGCCAGGAGCCGCGAUUUAAAUGCCCGUAUUGCGGCUACUGCGCCAAGCAUAUUUCGAACGCCCGCCGACACGUGCGAAAGUGCCAUCCCGGUCGGGACGUGUACGCGGUCGACCUGUGCACGCUGCAUCAACGCAAUCCUUGAGACCAGGCGUCGUCCAUCCGGAAGAUCGCCGCCGUUCUUCGCCCUGAAGAACGACGAUUCGAGAAGACCAAAGACGCCGGACGGCACCGUGAAAUGUCGAACAUCGUGCGAAGAUCUUCUUCUCGUCGUAGCACCGCAGCUAGGAAGAACGGUAGAGAUCCCCCGAAGAUCUUACUAUUUUGUGUAUUUUUGGUGUGGUAUUGUUCGCGAUUGCACGAAGAAUACCGUAAACGUUUCCCUAGGAUGCGCGCCAGAGCAGACUAUACCGUAUGAACACGGAUGUAUCUGUUUUUGUUUUCAGGGACACAGAGCAUCUUGGGCAUCUGUCCGCGUUGACUAUUCUCAUUUCGCGUACUUGACUCCGAUUAGUCGACCUGAAGAAUUGACCUGCGAGGACGGAAGAUAGUUGUGGCUGUGUAUGUGUGUGUGUGUCUGUGUGUGUACAUUUUCCGUGUCUCGCGUGAAAUGACUUGCGCUAUUUAAGGACGGUGUAUGACGGAGGAUCAGUGCCAAAUACUGUGUUUCUCGUUACGCAGUUUUAGCCAUUAAUCGCGACGAUUUACACACAGAUAUUUGUAAAAAGAAAAUAUCUCUGUUAUUAGGAAAAAUAGCGAAUUGUUACUAACCAAUUCUACACGACGAUUACUGUUAUUAGCUGUGGGACUAAUUGAAAUAAACUUUCGAUUAUAUGCGGAAGUUUGGCACGAUUAGGAUAAUUUCGGCCCAUUGAUUUGACGAUGGUUUUUGGUAAUAUUUUUUACGCUGAACAAAAAAUGAUAUAGGUCUUACGCGGCUAAGUACGGUAGUUUUCGAGAUAUACAGUGUUUAAAGUUAAAAAUAAAUAAUAUAAAUUUUUAAAUAAUACUUCGAGUGUGUGUGUGUGUAUAGACAGUACAUAUGUAGGCGGGGGUGGAUGAGGGUGGCCUUCGGAAGUUUUUUUUUAAAUAUUUUUCUAGUAAUUUUUGGUAAAAAAUGCCAUUAAAAAUUACUAACAAUUCGAGGGGCCGAAGUUAUCGUAAUCUCGUCCCAGAAGUUUUAACAAAUUUUACUAUCUACAUGAUAAUUUUCGUGCGAGAAAGUAUUGUUCGACAUAGAAUUUUUUAAAUGCAAAUAUCCUUAAUAUCAUUGCAGUAUUAUUAAUAAUUUAUUUAUGUUAAAGAAUAUAUAAUUAAAAAUAUAAUUAAUAGUAUUUAUAUUUAUAUUUAAAAAUAUUAGUUAAGAAUUUAUUUUUCAGUACUAUACACGUAAAAUGCCAUUAUUUUUGAAGAUUAUAAAUUAUUAUUUAAUAAGAAAUAUGUUAUUAUAAGGCGAUAAUUAAGUUCACGAAGUCUGCCUUUAAUUACACGCGUAGCUUAAAUCUUGUUGAGAUUUAUGCACAUAUCUCAAAUUUUAUAUAAGUUUACGAACCAAAUUAUUUGUGAUAGUUCAGUAUUAAUUGAAUUAAGAUAUAUUAUCUGUGUUCAACAUUCAACGAUUAUAUUAUCUGUUGCGAAUUUGAUAAAAAGGGAGCUUUAGGUUAAUUGAUGUUUAGAUUGAGACUAUUACUUAUGCUUUACUGUGCGCUCAUAAAGAUCAUGACUAAUUCGUUUAAAGAAACGUUGUUUGCAUUUUACGCACAUGCGUAGACUGUAAGUGUUCUGUGUGUAUCAAAUAAAACGUUAUUAUUAAA